CUUCUUGUGCUGGCGGAGUGGUGCGGUUCUAGAGGAGUACUGCGGUAACCGGCAAAUCCGCGGAAGGAGAUCAAGUGCUGAAAAGGUAGCAGUGAGGCUCUUCGUUUUCGCCGGUCUUUCACCGCAAGUAUCAGAGAGCAACUGAAGGAAGCGCAGCCCCGCGUGAUGCUCCGCUUGAGACCGCAGCAUUUCAUUUGAAAGACGUCUCCCAGGGAAACAGAGUAGCCGAACCCUUUUGGAAGGCAAGGCAUUUUGAUAUAAUUCAACGCGAGGGGCUGACACCUCUCAAGCCGUGCAUCACCUGAGAGGAGAAGAGUGACUGCGCCAACAUGGGGUAUGGGCGGUCAGACAGUUACCGCGUUGCCACCACACAGGACAAAGAUGACCGUUCCCCCAAGAAGAAGAAGGGGGCCAAGGACAUGGACGACCUCAAGAAGGAGGUUCCCAUUACGGAACAUAAAAUGUCUAUAGAGGAAGUAUGCAGGAAAUUCCAGACUGACAUCGUCCAGGGAUUGACCAAUGCCAAGGCAGCAGAGUAUCUGAUCAGGGAUGGUCCCAAUGCUCUCACCCCUCCUCCCACCACCCCGGAGUGGGUCAAGUUCUGUCGCCAGCUGUUUGGUGGAUUCUCUAUCCUGCUGUGGACCGGCGCCAUCCUCUGCUUCCUGGCCUACGCCAUCCAGGCAGCCACCGAGGACGAUCCUGCAGGAGACAAUUUGUACCUAGGUAUUGUGCUCACAGCUGUCGUCGUCAUCACUGGUUGUUUCUCAUACUUUCAAGAGGCCAAGAGCUCCAAAAUCAUGGAGUCUUUCAAGAACAUGGUGCCUCAGCAAGCCUUGGUGAUCCGUGAAGGCGAGAAAGUGCAGAUCAAUGCUGAGGAAGUGGUGGGUGGAGACCUGGUGGAAGUGAAGGGAGGAGACAGGAUCCCUGCUGACAUCAGGGUGGUCUCUGCUCACGGCUGCAAGGUGGAUAACUCUUCCCUAACCGGAGAGUCAGAGCCUCAGAGCAGGUCACCUGACUGUACCCAUGACAACCCCCUUGAGACCCGAAACGUUGCUUUCUUCUCCACCAACUGUGUUGAAGGUACGGCUCGUGGCAUUGUUAUCUGCACUGGCGAUCGCACAGUCAUGGGUCGCAUUGCCACUCUGACCUCUGGCCUGGAGACCGGCAAAACCCCCAUCGCCAAAGAGAUCGAGCAUUUCAUCCACAUCAUCACCGGCGUGGCUGUUUUCCUGGGCGUUACCUUUUUUAUCCUGGCCAUCAUCCUGGGUUACAGCUGGCUGGAGGCCGUCAUCUUCCUCAUUGGUAUCAUUGUGGCUAACGUGCCUGAAGGGCUGCUGGCUACUGUCACUGUGUGUCUGACCCUGACUGCCAAGCGUAUGGCGAAGAAGAACUGCCUGGUGAAGAAUCUGGAAGCUGUGGAAACCCUGGGCUCCACCUCCACCAUCUGCUCCGACAAGACAGGAACCCUGACCCAGAACAGGAUGACAGUGGCCCACAUGUGGUUUGACAACCAGAUCCACGAGGCCGACACCACAGAGGACCAGUCUGGUGCCUCUUUCGACAAGACCUCAGCGACUUGGCAGGCUCUGUCUCGUGUCGCUGGUCUGUGUAACCGCGCUCAGUUCAAAGCAGGACAAGAUGCUCUGCCCAUCCUCAAGCGUGACGUGGCCGGAGACGCCUCAGAGUCCGCCCUGCUGAAGUGCAUCGAGCUGUCCUGCGGCUCCGUGAGAGCCAUGAGGGAUAGGAACAAGAAGGUGGCCGAGAUCCCCUUCAACUCCACCAACAAAUACCAGCUCUCAGUUCACGAGACAGAGGAUACCAAUGAUAACCGCUACCUGCUGGUGAUGAAGGGCGCCCCCGAGAGGAUCCUGGACCGCUGCUCCACCAUCCUGGUGCAGGGCAAGGAGCAGCCCAUGGACGAGGAGCUGAAGGAAUCUUUCCAGAACGCCUACAUGGAACUGGGAGGCCUGGGAGAGAGAGUGCUGGGUUUCUGCCACAUGAUGCUGCCAGAGGAUCAAUACCCCAAGGGCUUCGCCUUUGACACGGAUGAUGUCAACUUCCAGACAGACAACCUUUGCUUUGUCGGCCUCAUGUCCAUGAUCGACCCUCCCCGUGCUGCUGUGCCUGAUGCUGUUGGCAAAUGCCGAUCUGCCGGUAUCAAGGUCAUCAUGGUCACUGGAGAUCACCCUAUCACUGCCAAGGCCAUUGCUAAGGGAGUGGGCAUCAUCUCCGAGGGCAACGAGACUGUGGAGGACAUCGCAGCUCGUCUCAACAUCCCCGUCAGCCAGGUCAACCCCAGGGAUGCCAAAGCCUGUGUGAUCCACGGCACAGACCUCAAAGAUCUGUCUCAGGAUCAGAUGGACGACAUCCUGAGGAACCACACAGAGAUUGUGUUCGCCAGGACUUCCCCUCAGCAGAAGCUCAUCAUCGUAGAGGGCUGCCAGAGACUGGGUGCUAUUGUGGCUGUGACAGGCGACGGUGUGAAUGACUCUCCUGCUCUGAAAAAGGCCGACAUCGGUGUUGCCAUGGGUAUCUCCGGCUCAGACGUGUCCAAGCAGGCCGCUGACAUGAUCCUGUUGGAUGACAACUUUGCCUCCAUUGUGACAGGAGUGGAAGAAGGUCGUUUGAUCUUUGAUAACCUGAAGAAGUCCAUCGCCUACACCCUGACCAGCAACAUCCCAGAGAUCACCCCCUUCCUGUUGUUCAUUAUCGUCAACAUCCCCCUGCCCCUGGGAACCAUCACCAUCCUCUGCAUUGACCUGGGAACUGACAUGGUGCCAGCUAUCUCCCUGGCCUAUGAAACCGCAGAGAGCGACAUCAUGAAGCGUCAGCCCAGGAACCCCUUCAGGGACAAGCUGGUGAACGAGAGGCUCAUCAGCAUCGCUUACGGACAAAUUGGUAUGAUCCAGGCUCUUGGAGGCUUCUUCGCUUACUUUGUGAUAUUGGCUGAAAAUGGUUUCCUGCCCAGUCGACUAGUCGGCAUCAGGCUCAACUGGGACGACCGCUCUGUCAACGACCUGGAAGACAGCUAUGGACAGCAAUGGACAUACGAGCAGAGGAAGAUUGUGGAGUUCACAUGCCACACAGCCUUCUUCGUCAGUAUCGUGGUCGUGCAGUGGGCUGAUGUGAUCAUCUGCAAGACCCGGCGUAACUCUGUGUUCCAGCAGGGCAUGAGGAACAAGAUCUUGAUCUUUGGCCUGUUUGAAGAGACAGCCCUGGCUGCCUUCCUGUCCUACUGCCCCGGCAUGGAUGUGGCACUCAGGAUGUAUCCUCUAAAGCCCAGCUGGUGGUUCUGUGCAUUCCCCUAUAGUUUCCUCAUCUUUGUUUAUGAUGAAGUCCGAAAACUUCUCCUCCGUAGGAACCCCGGAGGUUGGGUGGAAAGGGAGACAUACUAUUGAUCGAUGGAGCGUCUCUGCUCAAACCCCCUACAUCUCCACUUAUUUCUCCCCCACUUCCCCCCCCCCCCCUAUCACUUCAUCCCUGGCAAGACACACCUCCAGACGCCCCGCCCUCUUAAAGACAAGAACCGCUUUGAAGCAAUUUUCAUCACAACUGCCCCAAAGAUUUAAAACAGCAAAAGCACCUUUACAACUUUCUACAUUGACCCCCCCCCCCCUUGUC